AGGAGACGAGGCGGGGGUGGCGGAGCGCUGGGCGGUCAGCCUGCCUGACUGGCUGGCGUGGUUGUCUGGGCCCCGAAGCCGGGGCCGCCUGUCCCGGAAGGCAAGUUACCCUCUCCAGCUGUUUGCUCCGGCAGUGUCGUGCAGAACCCGGCUCCGUGAUCCAGACUUACUCGGUGGAGACGCCUUCCGCUGGUAGUUGGACCCCGGGCGUCUCGGCCUGCUCCUCUGUCCGAAGAACAGCCGGCAAGCAGCUGGGAGAAGCAGGUCAGAGGCUUCUAGGGCCUGGGGCCCGGGGACCCCAGGAGAAUGAGCUGGCUCUUUCCCCUGACCAAGAGCGCCGCCUCCUCCGCAGCCGGGGCCCCCGGUGGCCUCACCAGCCUCCAGCAGCAGAAGCAGCGCUUGAUCGAGUCCCUUCGGAACUCACACUCCAGGACCAACGAGAUAGUUGAGGUUGGGCUCUUUCAACCUUAAGAGUAUAGCUGAAAUACAGAAAGAUGUGGAGUAUAGGUUGCCCUUCACCGUAAACAACCUGACAAUUAACAUUAAUAUAUUACUUCCUCCACAGUUUCCUCAGGAAAAACCAGUGAUCAGUGUUUAUCCACCAAUACGACAUCAUUUAAUGGAUAAACAAGGAGUAUAUGUUACCUCUCCAUUAGUAAGCAAUUUUACAAUGCACUCAGAUCUUGGAAAAAUUAUUCAGAGUUUGUUGGAUGAAUUCUGGAAGAAUCCUCCAGUUUUAGCUCCUACUUCAACAGCAUUUCCAUACUUGUACAGUAACUCAAGUGGGAUGCCUCCUUAUGCAUCUCAGUGCUUUCCAUUUGUUCCUCCAUUUCCUACACAAGAAGCUAACAGGACUAUCAGUUCUUUAUCUGUUGCUGACACUGUUUCUUCUUCAACAACGAGUUACACCACGGCCAAGCCUGCCGCUCCUUCAUUUGGCGUCCUUUCAAGCCUGCCUUUACCCGUGCCCAUGACAGACCCUUCGGCAUCGAUAAGCCAAAAUGGUUUUGGUUACAAGAUGCCAGAUGUCCCUGAUGCAUUUCCAGAACUCUCAGAACUAAGUGUGUCACAACUCACAGAUAUGAAUGAACAGGAGAGUGUAUUACUAGAACAGUUUGUGACGUUGCCUCAGCUAAAACAAAUUAUUACUGACAAGGAUGACUUAGUAAAAAAUAUUGAGGAAUUAGCAAGAAAAAAUCUCCUUUUGGAACCCAGUUUAGAAGCAAAAAGGCAAACUGUUUUGGAUAAGUAUGAGUUACUUACACAAAUGAAAUCUGCUUUUGAAAAGAAAAUGCAAAGGCAGCAUGAACUUAGUGAGAGCUGUAGUGCAAGUACCCUACAGGCAAGAUUGAAAGUAGCUGCCCAUGAAGCUGAGGAAGAAUCUGAUAAUAUUGCUGAAGAUUUCUUGGAGGGAAAAACUGAAAUAGAUGAUUUUCUCAGUAGCUUCAUGGAAAAGAGAACAAUUUGCCAUUGUAGAAGAGCCAAAGAAGAGAAACUUCAACAGGUGAUAGCAAUGCACAGCCAUUUUCAUGCUCCUCUAUAGAUUUUCCUGAAAACAUGAACUGCCAAAGGAAAAAUGGGACUCAGAACUAAGCACAUGUUUUAUAUUUAUGAUUCGCAAGUUGGCAUUUCAUCCCGGUGGCUGAAUUCACAGAUACACAGUACUAUAUAGAUUGUAUCUAGAACUGACACUGAUUUUGUAUAGAUUAGAAUGAUUACGAUGAUCUUUGAGGAAUUUUUCUGCACUAUUUGCACUAAAAAUGUUUAUUUAUUGUUGAUAAACCUAUCAUAUUUAAAUUUCUUUGCUAUUCCUCUUAUUAAAUACCUAUGCAUGUAAUUUUAGCUAGUUUUCAAUAUUUUAUAAAGCUACUUAAUUUAAAUUUUUAGAUUUAAUUUGAAUUUGCCUCAUUUCUUUGUCAAGAAUUGUGUUAGAUUACGUUACUCUCAACCUUUUAUUAAAUGUUAUUCUCACUCUUUCAAUGAAAACUAUUUUCAACUGUGGAAAGAUACUUUUUUCUUUCUCAAUGAUAAAGGCAAUUUAUUUUUAACUAUUCAUAGUGUCAGGAAUCACCGAAUCCCCCCCAAUACGCCAUCUCAAGUCAUAACUUUUAAUACUUACAAUAAAUCAAGAGAGUAAACCA